GACACUCACUCACUGCACUAGUCCGAGUACCUACCGCUUCAUCGCUUUUCAAGUUAGCGCCAGUGAAAACUACAAUCUUGAUCUUGGCCGCUUUGGUAUCGCUUAAGCGUCGGGCGUUCGUUGGGCGGACUUGGUAUAUAAGCGUGAAAUGAAGAUGAACGCUGCUUGAAAAGUGUGGAGACCUUCGAAUCGCGCGGAACUUUGGCGACUGUACACCAGCAGUAAGGAUAGUGAAAAGUGUUGUGAACGCAAGCUGAGCGGAGAAAGAAGUUAAGAUACUGCAGUGCAGGUACUGUCAAAACUAGUGUCAGAAACAAACAUCAAAUAGUGGAUGCAGUGAUAAUUUAAUAAAAAUCUGGCUGUGAACGAUAUAAAUCAAUUACACACUGUGAGAAAAUGUUGCUCAAGGCACUAUUUCUCGCAUAUCUGUCAACCCUCGGCCCGGAGUCAGUGAAAGCCACCAAGGAUGCACUGUAUGCCUAUGCCCCGGAAUACGCACAUCCCUCGUACUCCUUCAGCUAUGGCGUGAAGGAUUUACAUAGCGGUGAUGUGAAAUCACAGUGGGAGACCCGUGAUGAUGGCGUCGUGAAAGGCCACUACAGCGUAGUGGAGCCGGACGGUUCGAUCAGGGAAGUUGAUUACACAGCUGAUUCGAAAACGGGAUUCAAUGCGGUGGUCAAAACGCAUGGUCCAAACGCUCACCCCGUCGCGGAUGAGGACGAUCACUAUCGGUACGAUGAACAUCACUCGCAGUCCAAAAUCAAUCACUUCAGCAAAAAUCAGGACCACAUCAUUCUGAGCUCUGACGUUCCGCACCACGAGAGACCCAUUGCUGAGAUCAGUGAAAAGAAAAGAGCAACUCCAACACUGCUUGAGUUGAAGCCACACGUUGAUUACGAAAAGGGCUAUCAAUCGGCGUAUGAUGACAAAGAGGAGUACUAUAAGCAUGAGGCCGAUUAUUCAAACGACCAUUUCCAGCCGAGCGUCCGCAUCGAGGAAGUGAGAGCUCCAGACCUUUCGAAACUCAAACCCAUAUCGCCUUCGGUUGAUUUCUCUACACUGGGAGAAGCAGAUUUGAGUCCAUACUACAAGAAGGAUGUGAUCUAUCAACCAUUCGCCCAGUAUAACAAUCAAGUGUCACACCCAGUGACUCUCCAGAAGGCCAAGUUCAUCGGCAUUCGUCAAUCGAACCAACCGAAAAAGAAUCUACUAAAGCCUUUCACCACACCCGGAUUGAAACACUUUUCAACGCCAAAGGUGUAUCAGCUGAAGGCCCGCGGUGGCCCUCCUCGGCCAGAUUAUUCCAGCUAUUUCCAGCCUCCGGUGGUGCUUGGCAAACGCCAGGCAAAAACUGGCCCCGUAUUGUUCUCUAGCUCAGCACAAACGGCUGCUUCCGAAAAAAUAGUUCAAACGUUACUCAAACAACAAACGCAUCAACGGGUUCCUGUUUAUGCCAACAAAUACUCGUAAUUUUUGACGGGUAUCCCAUCGUAUUGUGCAAUAUUGGAUAGAAUGGUAAUUCUUCCUGAACUACGGCACGUAGGUUAAGAAAAAUCUGUACGUGAGAAAUGUUCUCGUUAUUUAUGCAUCACGUGUUAUUUGUUGAAGUGAUCGUACUACUUAGUUUAUAGUUUAGGGUAUAAGCAAAUCGC